AUGCGGUUCACCGACAGGUCCUCCUUCCUCACUUCGGUCCUUCUCGCGAUCCCUUCGCUGUCCUCUGCGUUCUACCUCCCUGGUCUGCAUUCUGUCUUCGCAUACGAUUACUACCACCCUGCGCUCCAUUUCUGUCGCCCAGAAGGCGGGGCCCAGGAUGUCAGGGAAUCCCUAGGAAGUAUUCUAUUCGGCGACCGUAUCCGCACCUCCCCGCUGGAGCUGCACAUGGCUCAAAAUGAGACGUGCAAAGCUGUCUGUGGGGAGGUUGUCUUCGACUCUCGGGACGCCAAGUUUACCAAUCGCCGCAUCUCCCAGGGUUACAAUAUCAACUGGCUCGUGGAUGGACUGCCUGCGGCGCAGCUGAACCAUGACGGCAACACCGAUACCGAUUUCUAUAGUCCUGGCUUCUCCCUGGGGGAUCUGGAUGACAACGGGCAGGCUAUUCUCAACAAUCACUUCAAUCUCCUCAUUGAUUAUCACCGGGUGGGAUAUAGCGGUAAAGACAAACUUCGCGUUGUGGGUGUGCUUGUGCAACCCGAGUCCCGGCGCGAUUCACGACGUCUGGAGGACGGCACUGCCGAGUGCGGAACCCAGGGAAAUCUACUCACCCUGAGUGAAGAUGCUGAUACCCCAGUGACCUGGACCUAUAGUGUUUACUGGAGAGAGUCUCCUACUGCAUGGGCCACUCGAUGGGACAAGUAUUUGCAUGUUUAUGACCCCAAGAUCCACUGGUUUUCUCUCAUCAACUCCGCCGUCUUCGUGGUUUUCCUCGUCGGUAUGGUGAGCAUGAUUCUUGUUCGCGCGCUCAAAAAGGACAUUGCUCGCUACAACCGGCUCGACGCGAUCAGCUUGGAAGAUCUCGACGGUACCUCGGCCGCCGUCGAAGAUGGCAUCCAGGAAGACUCCGGGUGGAAGCUUGUUCACGGUGAUGUCUUCCGUUGCCCCAAGGCCCCGCUGUUGUUGAGUAUUAUGCUGGGCAAUGGCGCUCAAUUGUUCAUGAUGACGGGCGUGACUGUUGGUAGCUUUCGCACUCCUCGGACUCCUUUCCCUGCCAACCGUGGCUUCUUGGCCACUGCGAUCCUCUUGAUAUCGGCACUGUUCGGUGCUAUUGGUGGAUACGUGUCAGCACGAGUAUACAAAGCCUUUGGCGGCGAGGCAUGGAAACGCAACAUUGUGAUGACCCCAUUGUUGAUUCCCGGAAUUAUCUUCGGCACUUUCUUUUUGCUCAACCUUUUCGUCUGGGCCAAGGGCUCUAGCGGUGCCGUGCCAUUCGGCACCAUGUUGGCCCUGGUCCUGAUCUGGUUCGUCAUCAGCGUGCCGCUGAGCUUUGCCGGUAGCUGGGUUGGAUUUCGGCAAUCUCCGCUCGAGGGCCCAACCAAGACCAACCAAAUUCCUCGCCAGGUGCCUCCGAUGGUCGGUAGCCUUCGGACCAUCCCAUCUGUUCUUCUCACCGGCAUUCUUCCCUUUGGUGCGAUCUUCGUCGAGCUUUACUUCAUCAUGACCUCGCUCUGGACCAGCAAGAUCUAUUACAUGUUUGGCUUCCUCUUCUUGUGCUACGGCCUGAUGAUCAUCACCUCCGCGGCAACUACCAUCCUGCUAGUCUACUUCCUGCUCUGUGCGGAGAACUACCGGUGGCAUUGGCGAGCUUUCGCGGGUGCCGGUAUGACAGGAGGCUAUGUGUUCAUCAAUGCGCUCAUCUUUUGGGCCACGAGAGUGAGCUUUGGCGGCCUGACUGGCGCUGUCCUCUACGUGGGCUACUCGGCCCUGAUUGGCUUCGUUGUCUUCAUCCUGACUGGUUCGAUUGGUUUCUUCGCCAGCUGGGCAUUUAUUUAUCGCAUCUACGGCUCUAUCAAGGUGGACUAA